UGCAUUCACGGUUAGUCCCUCAUGACAAGGUCACACAUUCGAGCAAACACUGUGGUUGUAACUUUCUAACCUUCCUGGCCAAUCAGAUUUGUAGAUUGAUUCGUCUGAUUAUAUAACUCCGGCGAUCAAACAAGACCAUCUAGGCGAAAACACGAAUCUGACUACUGACUGCUGUGAAACUGUGUUCAAAUGGCGUGUAAUGGCGUAAACAAAAUCGGCGCCAUUUUGUUCGCCUUACUAUGUUCUAAUGCCACGCCCUUGUUCGUCGCAGCCACCGCAGCGAUAGAUGGCCAGAUCCACGUCACAGUCGGACUGGAACAACUCAGUGUCCCUCCCGGCGGUUCGGUCAUCCUCCCCUGUAACUACUCCGUCCCGUCCGACGAUGUCCGGCCGCUGGUCAGCUGGUGGAAGGACAGAGGGCCCGUACUGACCAGACGGAUCGUGUACGAGCACCAGGAGGGACGGUUCAGUAAUGGGUAUGAUGAGUGGGUGGGGAGGACGGCCCUCCUCAGACAGGCGUCCCUACAGAUGUCCAACCUGACGACUAACGACACAGGGAAGUACGAGUGUGAGAUCAGGGUUCCUCUCAAGUACGGGGCAGCACGGGGAUUCAUCAACCUGGACGUCGGUGUUUCCGGAGGUAAAAACGACCCUUCGUACCAACUCCAAACAGGAGUCAUUGUCGGAGUGGCUGUUGUCGGGGUACUGAUCAUAUCCACCAUAGCCGCGAUCCUGAUCCUCACACUGCAUAAGAGGAAAAUCACGACUUCGGCAAAAUAUAACAGACAAGUUAACACAUAGAUUUACGGAGCAAGAGAAUUUAGAAUCCUGAAAUGGAGGGGGUGAUAAACGGAAACAUGUUUACACAAUUUUACUCCCGUCGGUCCAAGGUCCCAUACGAACCGUAUCUGUGUAGCAAGAGUUAACAUUACACAGUUUGAUGUACAUAAGUCUAUAGCUAGAUCUUUCACUUGGCUGGUGUAUAUUCCGUCCGAAGUUUAAGCAUGCGUCACGUUCAUUGGUCCACUACUCCUUUGCUUCGUAAAUAAACGUUUGACAAAUGGUACAUCCAAAUGCAACUGCUCAGUCUUCUAUGAGAUAAAAUCAAACAUUGAUGUGGAAAGAUGCACUCUGUGUGCUUGCAUGCAUUAAACUAUGAUAA